AUGGAGAGCCGAGAAUUUAUUGUACUAUAUACUCAUCAAAAGAUGAAGAAAUCAAAGGUGUGGCAAGAUGGAAUUCUGAAGAUCACUCACUUAGGAAACAAAGCGAUUUUAUAUGAUGACAAAGGAGACUGUUUGGAUAGUAUAUUUCUUAAGUGCCUUGAGGUGAAACCUGGAGAUGACUUAGAAAGCGAUCGAUACUUAAUCACAGUUGAGGAGGUUAAAGUUCCUGGAAGCAUAGCUGUUAAACAGGAUGUCACUAACACAGCAGCAGAGUUUAAUUCAAGGAGGUUUAUAUCCUCUGGCCGGCCUCUUGGAUGUCAGCCUGCUGGUUUGAAAAGGAAGUUUACUGGUUUUCAAGGACCACGUCAAGUGCCAAAGAAAAUGGUGAUUAUGGAGAAGGGUGAAUCAGCUGCAUCACCUGAGGCUAAGAAACCCGGCCCUGUUUUUCUUUCUCCAUUCUGCAGCACAACUUCUUUGUUUUCUACUGUUGGCAAGAAAGAUAUAAAUAAUAUGCCAGCAGACCCUGAGAACACUGACACUUAUAAGAGCAGAGAGAGAAAUGGCAUACCGUUUUCUUCAGUUGUCUCUAUUCCAUCCUUCAAGAUUAACCCAGAAAUGCUAUGUGAAGAAAAUUGUUUUUGCUUUCCUAGCAGUUCUGUAAAUAAGCAAUCAGAUUCCUUACUGACCAAUGAGGCCAGGAAAAGAGAUGGUUUGGCAUCUCACUGUUUAGGGGUUUCACAAAACAUCAGAAGCAAAGCGCAGAUAUUAGCUCUUCUGAAGUCCAAAUCAACCAGUAUUUGUAAGGAACUAGAUUCUGAGAUUGCAGAACAUUUCCCUCAGAUACAACCACAAGGAACUAUAAACGUUCCUAAUAAACCACAGUACUUAAUUGAAGGGGAAGAGUGUGCUGAGGUGAAGAGCACAGAAAGGUUACACUUCCAGCAUCAAUCGGAAAAUACCGUGAGAAAUAAAAGCCGGUGGGCCAUGUAUGUAUCCUCACAGAGUUUGCCUAUACAUUCUUCUACUGAAGAUGGACACGAUAUAGAAAGAAAACCCAAGUCCCAGGAGGAGAAUAUAAAUUUAAAUUUGAAAGACCUUUUGGUGCAAAAAAGGGUACAAUUCUUUGAAACAUGUGCUGAAAAGGGGAGAAAAUAUAAUGAAAACAAGCCAGUAGAUAAUAAUGAUCAAUCCUGGGAUCAGGAAGUAAAAUUAGAAAUGCCUUCAUUCUGUGAAAGCAACAACUUACCAGUUACCUGUAGCAAUGUAGAAAAUGAUGGCUUAUUAUCAGAAUCAGACAUUCAGGAAAAUAAUAAAAUACCUGUUCAUCAGAAUGACCAGAUGUAUGUAAAAGGAUCAAUUCGCGUUAGAGAAAAUGCUCAGGAGGUGAAUAUGUGUGGAACACUGGAAAAGGAAUGUGAACGCCUGGUGUUGUGUCUGCCAGAAUCUGACCAUCUGCACGUGGCCUCUCCUCUAAGUAGCAGUGCUAGGAUCUCUGAUGACGUUACCCACACGUUUGCUAAAAGUAAUAAUGAUGAUGACAGUCUUAAUAAUAUUCGUGAACCUAUGAGUAAUGUGACAGAACCUCUUGUGGAGGUCACUUUUGAUCUGAACAAUUUUGAAACCAGUGACACUGAGGAGGAAUCACGGGAAAGCAAUAAAAUUUCCCGGGAUUCAGAGGGUUGGGUAAAGGAAACUUCCGUUAAUGAUGGCAACGUAGGUGUUCAAAAGAGGUGUGAGGAUACAGGCUGUAAAGAAGUUGGCAGUGAACGUUUGCCUCUCUCAGCGUCUACUGCGAGUACACCUACAGAGACAUUUCCUAUUAAAGAGACUCUGCUAUCACAGUUUUGUGAUAAAACUUGUGUAGGUUUUGACACAGGACCUUGGAAAGCUGGAAACACUGGAAGAGAAAUAGAGGAGUAUAGUGACACGUUAAGCAAUUUUGACUCAUCUUUAGAGUGGGCUGAUGAUGUAUACGUAGACAAUGAUGAAGAUGCUAAUAAAUCUACUGAAAAAAUCAGAAUUAACUAUGAUUUUGCUUCACUCCCGAAUAAAUCUAAAGGUAUGAAUACUAAUUUACACAUCCCUCCUUUUUUAAACAUAGCCACUAAUCAGACUCCUGAAAAUAACCUAUUUUCGGAACACGCUCAGCCUCAGCCUUUCGUUGUGGGAAGUGACUUAGACAAAAAUGAUGAACAGGUUUUACCAUCAACCUCCAGCAGUGAUAUCAGUAUCCAACUAUUAAGUGCCAGUCAGAAUCACUCUGAAGAAUGUAUUGCACUCGAUAAACCAAAUUCUCAAGUUUCCGAUUCUUUGUUUUUCCCUCUGGGAAAAAAGCGUUCUAUUUCCAAAGACACAGAAGCACGUAUUCCUGAAUCUGAAGAUUUGGAAAGGAUUGGAAGUUUAUCCCAUGACCAUACUGAAGUAGAAACUACUGGAGAAAGCAAACAAUACUGGAAUAGUCCUAGAAAUUCUUCAGAACUUUCUGGACUAGUAAAUAACAUUUCCCUUUUAAAAUCCUUGUCUGAACACAGUACAGCUUUAGAAGGCUUGGAAAUACUGAAGAAGAAAAAUACUACCUUUCAACAACAAGAAGCCCUGCAGACGUAUGAGCCAGAUAGCAAUCGUGAAGCUAGGAAACAACUGACUACAGCAGUUUCACAAGCUUUACCAAAGUCUCCUCAUCUGAACCAGGAUUCUCAACAGAUUAUAAAAGAAAAUGAAGAUGAACCAAGUGAACCACUUCAGUCUUUGCAGUUCUUUUCCUUGGGAGGUGAAGAAGAGACUGCUUUUCUGGCUGUUAUUCCUAAACAAACAGAGAGGAAAACCUGUGACCCUAAGCCUGUUGAGUUUCAAGGGCACCAAGUGAAGGGAUCAGCUACUAGUGCUGUGAUGGUCAGAGGACACAGCUCACAGCUAGAAUGCAGUCAGUUUCCAGAUAGAAUUGAAUAUGAAAAUUGCACGACAGACCCUUGUUUUUUGACACCAAAGUUGCCUAGCACUUGUAUGCAGAUUGACUUCUUGCAGGUGACGUCACCAGAACAGAAGAUCUCAACAUUGAGCCCUGUUUCUACUUUUUCUUUGAACUCAAGAGAUGAAGACUUCAAGCUAGAAUUCUCUGAGGAGUCCCUGAAAGCAAGAACUUUACCUGGUGAUCUUCACUUUCUCAACGUAGACAAUUUAAUGAGAAAAUCCAGUUCUCUGGAGAAUAAGCACCUUCAGAGGCUUCCGCUCGUAAGUAGAACCCGAGUUCCACUUAUUACUUUGCCACCUGCUGAUGGGCCACCUGACUUAGGUUCUUGUUCAUAUGGGAUCAAUUGUAACAGGCAAGAGUCUUCUGGUUCCCCCAUAUUCAACUUGUGUGAAGCGUCAGCGGUUCUUUCUUGUAGCUUUGGGCCUGAGGACCACAGUGAAACUUGUUUCUCUAAAGAAUCUAGGGAAGUGACUCCAGGGGAUGUUUCACUUCUUGAUGAUCUAUCUGCUCAAAGCAAGUGGCUGAAAUAUCAGAACAUACCCCAGUGCAACCUGACUGCUCCAGGCAGAGUUGAUAAGACAGUGACAGAUGGCUUCUUUGCUGUGCGUGUUUCCGGGAUGCACUUCAGUGACAGAGGUGAAGGACAGGGUGAUGCUGUGAGUGAGAGCUCUGUAGACCCUGUGCAUUUGCAAAUGAUAAAAGGCAUGCUUCAUCAGCAGCAGCAGGGUUUUAGCAAUCAGGAUUUGGUUUCCAGAAAGAAAGCACUUUCUUUGAAUUUAAAGCAGAUUUCCAAGACUGAGGAGAUUCAUAAUGUGUUAGGAAAGUCUGCCUGCUCCAACUGCAGUGUAACAAGAGAUCUACAGGAAAUAAAUGGCUCUGAGCUAUGCUUCCCAAGUGGGCAGAAAAUAAAAUCUGUUUAUCUUCCCCAACGGCAAAUUCACAUACCAGCUGUUUUUCAGUCACCUGCUCAUUAUAAGCAGAUUUUUACAUCUUGUCUCAUAGAACAUCUAAAUAUACUGCUCUUUGGGUUGGCACAGAGGUUGCACAAAGCUCUUUCAAAAGUUGACAUAACAUUUUACACAUCAUCAAAAGGAGAGAAACCGAAAAAUGUAGAAAAUAAUGUGCCAUCCUGUCAUCAUCAUCAACCUGCAAAACUUGUCAUGGUUAAAAAGGAAGGUCCAAAUAAGGGUCGUCUCUUUUAUACCUGUGAUGGACCCAAAGCUGACCGAUGUAAAUUUUUCAAGUGGCUUGAGGAAGUAACCCCAGGAUAUUUAACACAGGAAGAAUCUCUACCUAGCAUGGUUUUAAGUGAUAUAAAGAGUAUUGGCUUGUACUUAAGAAGUCAAAAGAUACCCCUCUAUGAGGAAUGCCAGCUUUUGGUGAGAAAAGGAUUUGAUUUUCAAAGAAAACGGUAUGGCAAACUAAAGAAGUUUACUACUGUAAAUCCUGAAUUUUGUAAUGAACCUAAAAGCAAGCUCUAUCUUAAGCUCAGUCGGAAGGAAAGUUCUUCAACUUAUAGCAAAGAUGAUCUUUGGGUCGUUUCAAAAACCCUAGACUUUGAACUGGAUACUUUUAUUGCAUGUAGUGCUUUCUUUGGACCAUCAUCUUUCAAUGAGGUGGAGCUACUACCUUUGAAAGGUUAUUUCCCCUCUAAUUGGCCCACUAACAUAGUGGUCCAUGCGUUACUGGUUUGUAAUGCUAGCACAGAGCUGACCACUUUGAAAAACAUCCAGGACUACUUUACUCCAGCUACUCUGCCUCUAACACAGAAUCUGUUAACAAUGUCUUCAUCAACUCCAGUUAGCAACAAGAGAGUCAAUAAAAGAAAAUUUAUCCCACCAGCCUUCUCAAAUAUCAACACAAAAUUUGAACUCCUCAGUCUAAGAGCAACGUUGCAGUUAGCUAGUGAGUUAAUUCAGGCACACAAGUUAAACAAGGAUCAAGCUACAGCUCUGAUUCAGAUAGCUCAAAUGAUGGCCUCACACGAAAGCGUGGAAGAAGUGGAGGAACAGCGAACCCAUACCCUCCCUAUCACCAUCAUACAUGGUGUUUUUGGAGCAGGAAAGAGUUAUUUGCUGGCAGUGGUGAUUUUGUUUUUUGUACAGCUAUUUGAAAAGAGUGAAGCUCCUACAGUUGGAAAUGCAAGACCGUGGAAACUUCUGAUUUCUUCUUCCACUAAUGUAGCUGUUGACAGAGUACUUCUUGGGCUUCUCAGUCUUGGAUUUGAAAAGUUUGUCAGAGUUGGGAGUGUUAGGAAGAUUGCCAAGCCAAUUUUACCUUAUAGCUUGCAUGCUGGCUCAGAAAAUGAAAGCGAACAGUUGAAAGAACUGCAUGCACUGAUGAAAGAAGACCUGACCCCUGCAGAGAGAGUCUGUGUGAGAAAAAGCAUUGAGCAGCACAAGCUGGGGACCAAUAAAACCCUGCUGAGGCAGGUUCGAGUAGUUGGAGUUACCUGUGCGGCCUGCCCAUUCCCAUGCAUGAAUGAUCUUAAAUUUCCUGUGGUUGUGCUGGACGAAUGUAGUCAGAUAACUGAGCCGGCCUCCCUCCUUCCUAUUGCAAGGUUUGAGUGUGAAAAGCUGAUUCUUGUUGGAGAUCCCAAACAGCUUCCUCCUACUAUUCAGGGUUCUGAUGCAGCUCAUGAAAAUGGAUUGGAACAAACUCUUUUUGAUCGACUUUGCUUAAUGGGUCACAAGCCAGUUCUAUUGAGAACGCAGUACCGUUGUCACCCUGCGAUCAGUGCUAUUGCUAAUGAUCUGUUCUAUGAAGGACACCUCAUGAACGGUGUUUCAGAGGCAGAGAGGAGCCCUUUACUGGAAUGGCUGCCGACCCUGUGUUUCUACAACGUCCAAGGACUGGAGCAGAUUGAAAGAGAUAACAGCUUUCAUAAUAUGGCAGAAGCUGCUUUUACACUCAAGCUGAUUCAAUCACUGAUUGCAAGUGGAAUUGCGGGCUCUAUGAUUGGGGUGAUAACAUUAUACAAAUCCCAGAUGUACAAGCUGUGUCAUUUACUCAGCACCGUGGACUUUGACCAUCCCAAUGUUAAAGCUGUGCAGGUGUCCACGGUAGAUGCUUUUCAGGGAGCUGAGAAGGAAAUCAUUAUCCUGUCCUGUGUAAGGACGAGACAAGUAGGAUUCAUUGAUUCAGAAAAAAGAAUGAAUGUUGCCUUGACCAGAGGAAGCAGGCAUUUGUUGAUUGUGGGAAAUUUAGCCUGUUUGAGGAAGAAUCGACUAUGGGGGCGUGUGAUCCAACACUGUGAAGGAAGGGAAGAUGGAUUACAACAUGCAAGCCAGUAUGAACCACAGCUGAACCAUCUCCUUAAAGAUUAUUUUGAAAAACAAGCAGAAGAAAAACAGAAGAAAAAGAGUGAAAAAGAUAAAUCUAAAGAUAAAUCUCAUUCACAAAAAGACAUAGUAUAGAUAUUUUGUAUUUAUAUAAAUUCACAUUUAUUUUACACUAUACAUUUUUUAUAUUUUUAUUACCCCCAAACCCUUGUUAUCGUGAAAAAAGUACUUCAUGAUAUUUAAAUAACAU